AUGCUGACCGGAAGAGAAAGCUUAAUCAGAUUGGUCGGCAAACGCCGGAGAUUCCUCCCCCACCGUCAAUCUCUUCUCUCCACUCCUAUCCAGGGAUCACUAAAUCUGUUGAAAAAAAAUGGGAAUGGUGGAUCUGACCUGGCCGUCGGUGAUGGAGAAUCAAAAGAGGAUCGAGGCAAAACUGGGAUCGAGGUAUCUGGUUCUGAAUGGGUUUCUUGUCCUGUUUGUGGGAAGAAGGUUCGGGGUGAAGAUUACGUGAUCAAUUCUCAUUUGGGUAAGCACUUGUUGGUCUGGGUCUUGUCGUUUUUCGAUUAA